CGGACUGACUGGCUGCCGAGGCACCAGCAGAGCAGCGGCAGCGGCAGGCUCACCUCGCGCCGAUGGUUUCAGGGGCGCUCUGCUAUAAAUGCCCUGAUCCUCCCCGCCUCGCGACACUACUUCUUUGACCACACCAUGUUUCGCCACGCGCUGCUCCUCGUUCACCUUGUAAGCAGCGCAUACUCCACACCCACCUACUAUGACAGCGCUUAUCACCACCCUGCCGUGUUCUACUUUCAACCGCCCUCCCCUUAUUUCCGUUCUCCGUUCCACCCUUACGUGCCCACCCCAAGUUACUAUGCACCCCAGUCCUACCCUGCCUAUCACCAAACCGUGACCCCCGGCUCGGAUGUGGUCGCCAAACCCACCCUGAGAAGCAACUACCUGCGAAACGAAGUCUCAGAUGACGCCACCGUCGUUGAAGCCGCCCCUGCACCCCCAUCGGGGUCCAUCAACCCCAAAUAUGUGCUCGACGCCUCCCAAAUCGCACCUGGACUGAUUUAUAGAACCUCCCCUGACGUGGUGUCCCACGGCGUCCACCUCGGCAACGUCUACCCUCCUCAGGAGGGAUACUCUCAGGACGGAUUCGCCAACGAUGCCCCACCUUCAACCUUCACCCAGGGUCCUCACCCUGGAUCCUACACAUCCGUUUCCUCUGACGAAGAGUCUGAAGGGACUCUUUUCCAGUCUCAGGACGGAAACGGAAACAUCCUCUUCGGCUACAGCAGUCCUCAGCAGGCCCGUCUCGAGGCCAGAUCUCUGGACGGCUCCGUUCGAGGCUCCUACAGCUACAUCGACCCUGAAGGUAAAACCGUUAAGGUCAGGUACUCGGCCGGCAGGGACGGAUUCCAAGUUUUUGACGAAGACGAGGCCUUCAGUGUCAUUCCCAAACAGGUCAAGGACACGCCAGAAGUGGAGGCCGCCAAGUCUCUGCACGCCCGUCUCUAUCAGCAGGCCAAGUGGCUGGCCGAGCAGCCUGAAUCCUACGAAGACCCUCUCCAGGUCGUUCAUCCCGUGCCCUUGCCCGUCCAGCCAGUUCAACCCGCCCAACCUGAGAAGCAGGAUGAAGCUCAGGAGCAGUACAACGACCCUGACGACAAAAUCCACCCUCCGGACAGCAUCUACACCGUGAGCGAGGGCGUCAAGGGGGUGGAGGAGGACCUCGAGUACUACGGCGCCGCCAAGGGCACUGUGCCCAUGACCUAUGCGUCCAGGUUCAACACUUAUGGCACGCCCUUGAGCGAGCAGCAGCACCUGAGGAGGGCUGCCGGGGCCCCCGCGCCCCUGCUCUCGGCGUACUCGGCCCCGAGUUUGCGUGAGCUGCAGCACCUGCACCGCGCAGGCAAGAGUCUCAAGUCGGAGGAGAGGAAUCCCGUUCCCUUGGGCGCUUUCCCGUCGUCGUACGGUGGGCAAACGGUGCCGGUGUUUGUGGGUGUGGCACCUCAAUCGGACGAGAUCGCGAGCACCAGAUCGGCGCUGGUCCCUCUGCCCGUGCACGCAGAGCCGCCGAAUAAUAAAGAGCAGCAGGCGAUCCCGCCAGCCUCGAUCUCGCAGAAGGCGAAUUUCUUUGGAGCCGUGCCAGUGGCCGCCGUGCAUGACACGCAAGUUUCGCCCCAACAAAGGGUGUCCGACCACCAGACCAAGCCCGUCUAUGUCGAGGCCAACUGAUUAAUAGUGCUCAAUUGCAAAAUCGAUGAAAAAAAAUGGCUGAUUUCUAAGUGAAUCUGAGACGAGUGCAUUUUUUUUAUUACAUAAAAAUUAUGUUGAAAUCUGAUACGCUCUGAAGGUGAAUAAAUUAAAUGCACGUUUUUAUUAUUAUGCAGACAUUAAUCGGCCAUUUUUUACUGCGGACACUAAUUGGAUGACGACUUGAAUCGAGUACAAAAAGCACACGCAGAUUCCUUCUUGCCAUACUUAAGCACACACACACAAGUGAUUACGAAAAAAAGACUUUAUAAAAUGUGGGAAAAAAUUAUGGCACGUUAUAGUUUUAAAUAAAUAUAAGCAGGGCGUGUUAGUGCUGCGGGGAUUUUGUAAUGGACUCUUUUAAAAUUAAAAAGUGAGCGGUGUUUAUGCAUAUCUUUAUAAACGUAGCGGAAAACUGACCGAGCGAUCCUGAGGUUGCACUCGAUUGAGAGAAGAUUGUUUUUCCUGCACGCAACGAAUGAUACUCGACACCUCUCACGCUUCGGAGUUUGGUAUCAACGCUUUAAUAGCAAGACGACGCACGAUUUUGUGCAGGACUUUUUACAAGUGCAAAAAAAUUCGCGGAUCAAUUAAUUUAAACGGGACACAGCAGGAGACCUAGAAAAUAAAAAUAUUGUCACGCUGAAUGUAGCAAAAACUCUCAAACUAAUAAAUUAAAUGACGAUAAAAAUCUAAAUUAUG